UACAUGUAUGGCCUACACAUUGUUUGGAGCCAGAAGGGCGCAAGUCCACUUACGCCCUUCUAGCUCUGAACAAUACAAGAGCCUACAGUAUUUUUCAGAGCCAGAAGGGCGUAAGUGGGUGGUGCCCCUAAACAGCACUAGCUAAAAUGGCUGACACGCAUGCUGCACACAUGGAACUGUCUGAGGCAGAACAAAUUUUGAUGAAUAUAAUGAAGCAAACGGAUGAAUCUUGUGAUGAAGUGACAGAUGAAGAGAUGUUUUUGUAUGCUGCUCCUCACUUGAGAGUUGGAGGGACAGAGCCGAAUGAGGUGAGGGAGAGAGAUCGGCUUAAGGGAAACAUGGAGACAGCACAUGAUGGAGAAAGUAACCUGAUUAAAUCUCUUUCAGUGCUCAAUAGAGCAAAGAAGAAGCUGUUGUUUGUGCACGUGGAUCCUCCUGUGAUGCGGUUGAUUGAACUGUUUGCCAUUGAACUCAUUCAGAGGCCCACUGUCCAUCAGAGUUUAUCUGACCAACCCUAAACAAACACACCUGACCAGCUAAUCAAGAUCUAAUCAAGGUCCCAAUGCCAAGACCUGUGUGUGUCAGACUGUGAUCUUUACCCUGAAAGUCAUGUGAUGUUUUGGAAAGAGAGUUCAGAGAAAGAAUGGCACAUCUAUACACCUCUCUCAUUUUGCUCUGUUUCUUCUGUUCAGUGUGGCCAAGAGAUUGGUUGUUUCACUUUACUUAUCUUGGAACAAAGUGUGAAGAAGACUGCAAGCUUGUGGGUCAUGAGUACAAGUGUAAGUCUACUGAUAAAGAUGGAAAUACCUGGUCAAUGUACUGUUCACCUAAAACAAACACAGACUACUGGGGUAGAGGAUGCGGUCAGUGUGGGAAAGGUGGAGGACGCUACUAUUAUUGCAAAACUGGUUUAUUUUCUUGGGGAUAUUGUGGGCUGGUGACGGAUAAGAAUAUCUAUUAUGGAUCUAAGACAGGAGCGAUGUGUCAUGACAACUGUUACCAAGUAGAUCACGACCACUUUUGGUGCGAUACUGCACAGGGAAAAGAUUACUGCUCACCAUUUCUAUACACAGAUUACAAGGUCAACCUGUGUAGAGAAGACAGUCCAUGUGGGAAGCGGGAUGAAAACUACAACUGGUGCUAUCUGGAGGAGGGAGGCUGGGGACACUGUGGGCCCGUGGAACCAAAGAUUUUUCUCCAUCGGUCUAAGGACGAUCAUUUUUGCGUAGACGAAUGCCGAUAUCAUGAGAGUGAUGAUUACUACUGGUGCCACACUGACGAUGGCUGGGACUACUGCUCUCCAGAUGUGGAUGUAACCUAUAAAGACAAGCCGUGUCGCUCAGGUCACUCCUGUGGCUUACACGGUGAAAGUUACAACUGGUGCUGGACCUCAUGGUCAGAUUAUGAUUACUGUGGGCCUGUUGUAUCUGGAGAGUGCACUUAUGGCACCUCUCAAAAUUGCAACAGAGGAGACCUAAAAAACAGAAAACUGAUAUGCACACAGGUGGACAGAGCUAACAAAACAAUAACCAACUUUACUGUGGAGCCAGCUCCUAAUAACAUCACCGAUGGCAGUCAAUGGAAAAGGGAGGCACAAAUCUUAAUCAGGCGCUGGUACAAUGCGUACCUGGUGGACAAGGCCCAAUCAAAUCUGAUCUACACUUAUAAUCUCCGUAUCGACAUGAAGGGCAUUAUCAAGCGCAACAAUCAGUCCUACUAUGACCUGCGGAUCCAUGUGAAACUGGGGCCUGGUAAAAGCACCCACCGUGUCUCAGAUCAUCGUUCAUCCUGGAAUUCCUGAUCGCUACAUGCGCAGAGCCUUCCUGGAGAGCUUCAGGCACCGAGCUCGAGUUUAUGUUGAUGUUUAAAGGCAAAAUCAGCAUUAGAGCUUUGGUUUGGAAAUGUGCAAUGUAUAGUAGAGGCACAUGUAUGUUUAAUAUACCAUAUUGUAGAAGAAACUGCCCAUCAAAUAAAGGUGUUCAGCUUUGGAAUAGCUUCCCUGAUGAGUUAAAAAAGGCAUUUCAUUAACACAGUUUAAAAUACUUUAUAAAGGAUUGGUAAUGAAAAGAUAUACUGAAUAGUGAUGAUAAUGUUAGUAGUAUAAUGAUAAUAAUAAUAAUAAUAAUAAUGCAUGUUCUUCUAAAUACACAUUGAAAAUAUCCUAUAUUGUCAUAUUAAAUUGAUGUCAAUUAGUGCUGCUUGUGUGGAGUUAAGGGUAGGCAUAAUAAGCUUUAGCUUUUGGUCAAUAAGAGUGUAAACAUUUUUUUAUUUUUUAUUUUUCUUCUUUUUUAAUUUUUUUGAAUGAUCUUGUAAUUAUUUUAUUUUGUAUGGUUAUGUAUGUGUAUAUGCAUAUGCACAAUUGUAUGUAUUUACCUGUAAGUCUCAUGUUUUCCUGUGCAAAAUGAUGCAAAUGGAAUUUUGCUUGUUGACAAACAAACAAACAAACAAAAAAACAAAUAAAUAAAAAAAAAUAGUAGACCUACUACAGAUGUAAAUCAUUAAGCUUUUUGCUGUACAACAGAAAUACUGAGCAGAAUAAACAAACAAUUUGUUCAUGAAAAAUGUCUUCAUCUGUAUGACUUUCCAUAUUUAAGGUUCACUUUACAACUAGAGAUUGACAGAUAAGGGUCUUUCAAUGGCAACGAUACAAUUCUAGAAUGACCGAUUACUAUCAUAAAUGCUGAUAAUUAAAACAGAAAAUUU